AUGGCGCGCCCCCUCCUCGCCAACCGCGCCUCGAGCGACAUCAGCGGCGACCGCGACAUCGCCGAGGAAGACGCCCUGCUCACCGGCCAACCCACCCAACGCGCCGCCUCGGGCCCCCGAACCUGGAAAUUCUGGCGCGAAGUCGGCCUCUUCGUCUGGGCUGUCGUCGCCACAGCCGGCAUUAUCGUCCUCGCAGUCGUGUUCCAGAAACACAGCGAUACGCAGAAUGGCAGCGCAAACCCCUCGGGGAAGCGCAACCUCAUCUUCAUGGUGUCGGACGGCAUGGGUCCGACGAGUCUGAGUCUGACGAGGAGCUUCAUGCAGUUCCAGAACGGGCUGCCGUUUGGCGAGCAGCUGGUCAUCGAUAAGCACUUGAUCGGGCAGUCGAGGACGAGGUCGUCUUCGUCGCUGAUCACCGACUCGGCGGCUGGCGCGACGGCCUUCUCGUGCGGGAAGAAGAGCUACAACGGUGCCAUUUCGGUGACGCCGGACCAUGAGCCGUGCGGGACGGUGCUGGAGGCUGCGAAGAAGGCGGGUUACAUGACGGGUCUGGUGGUGACGACGAGGAUCACGGAUGCGACGCCUGCGUGCUUUGCGGCGCACGUGAAUAUGCGACAGGAGGAGGAUCUGAUUGCGCAGCAGAUGGUUGGAGACUAUCCGCUGGGACGAGUUGUGGAUCUGAUGUUUGGAGGCGGGAGGUGUCACUUUCUGCCCAACUCGACGGCUGAGCAUUCGUGCCGUGCAGACGACAAGGAUGUCGUGGCCCUGGCGAAGAAGAACGGAUACAGCUAUGUCGACGACCGCGCGGGCUUCGACAGCUUGAAGGGAGGUGCUGGACUCAAGUUGCCCAUGCUGGGACUCUUUGCCGACACCGACAUCCCGUAUGAGAUCGACCGCCGCAACGAGAACGACAUCUACCCGAGCUUGCAAGAAAUGGCAGAGACAGCGAUGAAGGCUCUUAGUGAAGCCACCCGAGACAGUGAUAAGGGCUACUUCCUGAUGAUUGAGGGCUCUCGUAUUGACCAUGCGGGACAUCACAAUGACCCCGCUGCCCAAGUGCACGAAGUCCUCGCCUACGACGCAGCCUUCAAUUCUGUCCUCGACUACAUCAAGAACGAGGAAACAGAGACCGUCAUGGUAUCAACAUCGGACCACGAAACUGGUGGUCUGGCAACUGCGCGCCAGCUCCACACCACCUACCCCGAAUACGUAUGGUACCCUUCGCCCCUCGCCAACGCCUCGCACUCGGCCGAACGCAUGGCUCUGCGCUACAACACAUACCUCAUCAACGACCCUUCCGAUAGCCAGAAACAGGAAUUCAUCGCCGACGAGAUUGAAGACGGGCUUGGUAUCUUCGACGCCAAGGACGACGAGAUCAACGGCCUGGUCAAAGACCCAGCAACGGCCCUAUACCAGUACGCAGACAUGAUGUCGCGCCGCAGCCAAACCGGCUGGUCUACCCACGGCCACUCAGCCGCCGACGUCAACAUCUACUCCUCCAACCCCAAAGCCGCCAUGGCGCUGGUCGGCAACCACGAAAACACCGAAGUCGGAGAGUUCCUGAGGAACUACCUCGAAGUGGACGUCGAAGCUGUUACCAAGGAAUUGCGCGACAAGGGCACGCACUUGACUGUGCUGAAGGCAGGAGAACAAGUCAGCUGGAUGGGCAAGAUCCCUGAGGAAGGACAAAGACUCGAUGGCCAGAACCAUCUCGCCAGCUACGGCGGAGACUUCAAGAAGAGGGGUGUCGAGCACGGUGAGGAUUGUGGAUGUGGACACUGA